UGUGAACUAACGCUCCCAGCACAAGGUUCUCUUCUCCGCGUUUGUUUACAAUUUGAAAAAAGAAAAGAAAAGUAAAAGAAAAAAAGAAAAAAGGGUUGCUGAAGAAGGAAGAGUCGUAGACGUUGCAGUGGUGGCUAUGGUAUAUAUAUAAAAUAAAAAAAAUAAAAAAUAUAUAUAUGUGCAACAGUGCAAGUGUGAAAGGGAAAGGGAUUUCGUGAAAACCUUGUCCUUGUGAGCCUCUUUUUUUUCACGUAACCAAUCCCUUUCGAUUACCUCUCUUCCGCUUCCUCCUCUUCCUCCUCUGUUGUGAAAGUCUUUGUCCUCGAUUAUAUGUGUUUGAGGGUUGAUCAUCGAGAAGAAUUCGAGCCCCCCUCGACAAAUUUCUGAUGUGAUUUUGGCUACUUUUCAAGAAUUGGUGUUGAUUGCAGGUUAUUCUACAAAAGUGGUUUGCUCGCUCAAUUCAAUUGCUUGGAGGUCAGCGGUAUCGGAUUUUGUGGUCGAGCAUCGUUGUCUGGUUUGAGAUAAGAUGAGUUCGAGUAUCGCUGAAGGUUUGGUUCAUCAGGGCAAGCUUUUGGUUCGUAUUGCUGAGAAUGGGCAUUCAUUUGAGCUCGAUUGUGAAGAUAGCACACCGGUGGAGGCAGUUAUGCGGUAUAUUGAAUCCAUGGCUGGGAUUAAUUUCAAUGACCAGCUUGUUUUGUGUUUGGAUAUGAAGCUUGAGCCACAGAGGCGGCUUUCGGCUUAUAAGCUUCCAGCUGAUGGUCGGGAAGUGUUUAUAUUCAAUAAAGCAAGGCUGCAGGCUAAUUCUCCGCUCCCUCAGCCCGAGCAAGUUGAUAUUCUUGACAUUGCUGACCCCCAAUCACCUUCAGCUUCACAUGACCCUCACCCUUUGGAUGAUGCUUCAGACCCUGCUUUGAAGGCCUUGCCUUCUUAUGAAAGGCAAUUUAGGUACCACUACCACAAGGGUCAUGCAAUUUACAGUCGUACCCAAGUAAAAUAUGAGAACUGUGAGAGGCUUUUGAGGGAGCAAAAGGUUCAAGAAAGGGCAGUGGAGGUUGCUAGGGGCAAUUUGGAUCAAUAUUAUAAAAUGAUAAACCAAAACUACACAGAAUUCAUGAAGCGUUAUUCACAACAGCAUCGAAGUCAUUCUGAUGUUUUGACCAAUCUUGGGAGGGAUGUAGAAAAACUGAGAUCUAUCAAGCUUCACCCUGCAUUAGAGACUGACACUCGGAAGUGCUUAUCGGAUUUUGUGAAGGAAGAGAACUUGAGGAAAGCGGGAGAAAAUUGUAGCAGUUCCCACAGGCAGUUUGAGAAUAAGGUUUCACAGUUUAAACAGAUGUUUAGUGAGGUAAAGCGGAGAGUCGAAGAAUUGUUUUCUAAUAGGGCUUCAUUGCCUAUUAGGAAUUUGGAAAUCGCGAUUAAGGAGCACCAAAGAUAUAUUCAUGAGCAAAGGAGUAUCAUGCAAUCUUUGAGCAAAGAUGUAAAUACUGUCAAGAAACUCGUGGACGAUUGCUUGUCUUGCCAAUUGUCUUCGUCACUUCGUCCUCAUGAUGCAGUUUCAGCCUUGGGCCCUAUGUAUGAUGUCCAUGACAAAAAUCACCUGCCUAGGAUGCAGGCUUGUGAUCACGCAAUUUCCAAGCUCCUCGACUUCUGCAAGGAUAAAAAGAAUGAAAUGAACGUAUUCCUCCAUAAAUUUAUGCAAAAGAUAACAUAUAUUUCUUACUUCAUCAAAGAUGCAAAAUUACAGUUUCCUGUUUUUAGAGAGGCAAUGGUCCGUCAGGAGGAUCUAUUUUUGGACUUAAAGUUGGUCCGCGGGAUCGGCCCUGCAUAUAGAGCCUGCUUAGCAGAAAUAGUCAGACGAAAGGCUUCAUUGAAGCUUUACAUGGGGAUGGCUGGACAGUUGGCUGAAAGACUUGCGACAAAGAGGGACACUGAAGUCAGGAGACGGGAGGAGUUUUUGAGAACUCACAGUUUAUACAUACCCAGGGAUGUAUUAGCAUCCAUGGGACUAUAUGACACCCCUAAUCAGUGUGAUGUCAACAUAGCUCCUUUUGAUACUAGCUUGCUUGAUAUUGAGAUUUCAGACAUUGACCGUUAUGCACCUGAGUACUUGACUGCACUGUCUUCAAAGAGUGCGUUUAGAGGUUCAAAUUCUAUGUCGAAUGAAAGUUGUCAUUCGGUUGAUGCUGAUGAGAGUACAUUGGAUAACUUUGAGAAUUGCGACUCUGAGGAGCUACUUGAAGGCUGUGGGUUGGUAGAGAUUGCUGGAACAGGUAAGUUGGAAGUUGAGAAUGCAAAACUGAAAGCAGAACUGGCGUCUGCUAUAGCUGUGAUUUGUUCAUUCUGGCCUGAAGUAGACCUUGAAUCAUUGGAUGAUAGUAAAGUGGAUAAUUUAUUGAAGGAUGCCGCAGAGAAGACAGCUGAAGCCUUGCACCUGAAAGAUGAAUAUGGAAAGCAUCUACAAUCGAUGCUCAGGGAGAAGCAGAUGCAGUGUCUUUCAUAUGAGAAACGCAUUCAAGAACUUGAACAGAGAUUGUCUGAUCAGUAUUCGCAAAGCCAGAAGAUUUCAAAUGAUAAGGAUGCCUCUGAAUUUGGAAUUUUGUCUGAUAAGGUUGAGAUCUGCAAGCAAGAGGGUGGUAGGGGAGUCCAUAUGCCUUGCUCAUCUAAUGCUGAUCCCAUGGAUGAGGUUUCCUGCAUCUCUAGUGUUUUUGAUGCAAAACUGGGUCUGUUCAAUGUGCAACCUGGAAAAAUGAGAGAUGGGGUAGAUGAAAAUAUGAUGGAUUCUUCUGCAGUACGAAAUCAUCUAAUGGAUUCAUCCAUGCAAGAGCUACAGCGUGAAGAACUGCUAGCCAGUGGUAAAGAUGGAAAAGAUAAGAUGGAGGGGCAGCUGGGCAUGUCACUGACAAACAGUUCUACUGCUGAAAGCAUGCCUGAACCUCUUACUGUUAUACCAUGUGAAACAGCAGUUGACCCAGGCUUGGACACCAAAGUCAGUGCGGAGCUGUUACUGGAAUUGCAAACUGCACUUUCAGAGAAGUCAAACCAGUUGAGUGAAACAGAAAUUAAGCUUAAAGCUGCUAUGGAGGAUGUUUCUAUGCUUAAGAGGGAAUUGGACACAAAUCGGAAACUCCUUGACGAAUCUCAGAUGAAUUGUGCGCACUUGGAGAAUUGUUUGCAUGAGGCAAGAGAGGAAGCUCAAACCCAUCUUUGUGCGGCUGAUCGUAGGGCCUCGGAGUAUAGUGCACUGCGCGCAUCUGCUGUGAAAAUGCGUGGCCUUUUUGAAAGACUUAGGAGCUGUGUUUAUGCCCAGGGUGGGGUGGCUAGUUUUAAUGAAUCUUUGCGCUCCUUAGCACAAUCUCUGGGCAAUUCUAUUAACGACAAUGAAGAUGAUGGUACUGUUGAAUUUCGGAAAUGUAUUCGGGUCCUGGCAGAAAGGGUUGGUUUCUUGUCAAGGCACCGUGAAGAGCUGCUUGACAAGUAUCCAAAGGUUGAAGCUGCAAAUGAACAACUUAGAAUAGAAUUGGAAGAGAAGAAGGAUCUGGUUAAAACUUUGUAUACUAAGCAUCAACUUGAGAAGCAGGCAAACAAAGAGAAGAUAUCUUUCGGUCGCUUGGAAGUCCACGAGAUUGCUGCAUUUGUUCUAAACACAUUUGGGCGGUACGAGGCAAUUAAUCGGAAUUGCUCCAACUACUACCUGUCUGCUGAAUCUGUAGCCUUGUUUACUGAUCAUCUCCCAAAUCAACCUAACUACAUUGUGGGACAAAUUGUGCACAUCGAACGGCAGACUGUGAAGCCAUUGGCUCCUAGUUCAACCCGGUCUGAGCACGAGCUAACAUCUGACACGGGAACCGACCGGUUGGCCUUGAAUUCAGGAUUGAACCCGUAUGGUCUCCCAAUCGGCUGUGAAUACUUCGUAGUGACAGUAGCCAUGUUACCUGGUACCACCACCAUUCAUACCCCGCCUCCUUCCUGAUCCCUGCAGCGUAGGCAGAUCGACGUGAUGGAAGAAUCCCAACUGUACAUAUGAAUUUUACGUUUAAACAUUUAUAUAUCCUUCUAGCGGGAGAUUGGCACUUUGAUUUCUGUAUAUAUCUAGCUAUUUCCUACGAACAUGUACAAAAAUGUGAAUAAUUCUAUUGAGUUUCUGUGAAUGUUAUCCCGGACAGCUCGGGCGCUCUUCCGGUUUUCUUGUUCA